AUGGAUUUGUCUACUUCAACAUUAUCACACUUUAUGCCAUAUUGGUUAGACGGUCUCCUGGAAGAGUGUGACAAUGAGGCUAAGGACCACAUGGUAUAUCCUAUAAAGUUGCUGCAACGUGAAAGCCGUGCCGCCGUAUGGAAUUUAUGCUCCCACUUCUGUGUUGAUCAAUGUGGUGUUCCGGCGUUGGCUUGCCGACUUCUCGAACGAUACCUGUCGGUAUUACACCGCCACCACAUUUUGCUUCGGAACGGUAGCGAAGAAUGGCACACUUUUAAGAUGAAAUUGACAGAGAAAAUGCCGUUACUGAUUGCUACGUGCAUCCAACUGGCUGCCAAGAUGGGCAGUGUCAAAGCGAAACUGAAUGCUAAUAUAAUACGCGUGGGUUUGCUCUGCAAGGGCGCUAAUUACAGCAUUCGAAAUAUCAACGAUACGGAGUUUGAGGUGUACAGGACACUAGAAUAUCGUAUACCAUUUUGGACAAGCGUUGAUGCCGGAUUGUUCCUUGCUUUCGAAUUGGGAAUGCCGAUCGAUAAGCUCCAUAAAGUUGCUACUAUGGUCGAUUUUGCCGAAUUUCUACGUGACUGUAUUGAAAAGAAAGUGCAGCUGGUCGCUAAUUUGUCGCCUACCUCACGCAAUACAAGCAACAUGCGCACACUGCAUUUAGUGGCGGGUGCAGUGUCAGCAAUUUUUCGUUUCCUCCAUCUGGAUGAGCUAGGAUGCACUGGCCGUCUCGCAAAGCUUACGCGCGCUCCAUUUUCAUACAUAAAGUGCAUCUCUGAUAUAAUUUGCGCCGAAAUUGUCACUGAUAACAAACCGCCUAUCAAAAGGACACACAAGAGAAAAUAUCCGCAAUGA